AUGGACCUAAGUUACAAUAGAUUUUAUGGUGAAAUCUCACAAAACUGGAGUAGGUGCCCACAGCUAACCACCUUACGAAUUGCUGGAAACAAUAUUACAGGUGGCAUACCACCUGAAAUAGCAGACUCAAUUCAACUCCAAGUGCUUGAUCUUUCUUCUAACCAGAUGAUCGGGGAGCUCCCAAAGAAGUUUGGAAAGUUGACAUCUCUGUUGAAGCUGAUGUUGAAUGGAAAUCAACUUUCAGGUGAUAUACCUCUAGAACUUGGAUCAUUAACAAAACUUGAAUAUCUGGAUCUAUCCUCUAAUAGAUUCAGCAAGUUGAUACCAAAUAUUGGAUGCCUUCUGAAACUAAUCUACUUGAAUUUGAGCAACAACAAUUUAGCCAAGACAUUCCAGUUCAAAUGUGUAAUUUACCUCAUUUGUCCCAACUAG